AUGCCACGUAAGCUACGUAAGAAUAUACGUAAGAGGAAGAGAGCAUUGAAACAUCCAAUAGUAAGACUGACACCACAACAACAGUUGCAACAACAAAUGCUGAAUGACCCCACUAUGUUGCAACAAAUGUCAAGCAAUCCUAUGCUUUUAAACCGAGUCAUUGGUGCACAGAGUGGAGGUUUAAGAGCGGCACUUUUAGCGAAAAUGGCAGGCUAUGGUGGAGCUGCAGACGGAACAGCCUAUAACCCUCAAAGUCAAAUGAAUUUGAGUUCACUCAAAAAUCAAAUAACAGAUGUCAAAAAGUCAAACAUAGACAUACAGAAGCAAAUAAGUGAAAACGAAAAGAAACUAGAAUAUGACAGACACACAAAGAAACUCAAUGAGUUAAACGUAGAGAAAAAGAAGAAAGAAGAACAACUGAAAGAACUAAGUACAGAGCAAUAUGCGAAAAAAGUGUCAGAAAAAGCAACAGAAGUAGCAAAAAUGGAACAAGAUGUCAUAAAUUUGAAAAACCAUACUACUCAAUAUAAAGUACUGAAAGAUGAAGAGAUAAAACAAAAAGCCCUGAAGACAUAUAUGGAAAGCGAUGAGUAUAAAAAAGAAGUUGAAGCAAAUGUAAAGGCAGAAAAACUUUUACAGUUGCAAAACCAAACCGUACAGUAUGAAAACUUAGCACAAGAAAGUAAAAAUAACGACGCAGCCAUGCAAAAGGCAAUGAAAAGCGCAGAAUAUAUAAAAGCUAACAAUGACUGGUUAGAUGCCCAAG